GAUGCCACUCCCCUUUGUCCUGUUCAUCCUGGUUCAGAGCAAAAUCCAAACAUGGAGCAUCCCAGCUCUGCACUCUGCUUUCCGCGCGGCGUCAUUCUGUAUCUUGUAGAACAUACUCUUGGCCUGAUAACAUACACUGAGAGAAUACACCUUGGCUUCUCGUAAGUAUGAGACUGACAUAACUUCACAUAGUUCUGCUAACAGAUUUCUAUACCUGCUAGGUUAUUAUCAGGUAUCUCAUGCAGUAAAACGUUGUUUGAUUUCUAUAAAUAUUUGACAGCCACACAGGUAAAUUCCAAAGGUCACUUUUUACGAGGUGCCUCAGAGGAAAGGGCUCAUGCCAUGUUCUGUUCUCACGUAGCCCAUUCCAGAGAUCAACUCUGUUACACCGGAGGGCAUUGUGCUGCAAUCUUUGCAGCAUUUCUGCUUUCAUCCUAAGCAGUCUCACCUCUGCUCCCUCUUCAGUUCGAUGAGUAGUGCCACGCGUGGGCUGCACAAGGAAGUGAAGCUGUGCACAUGCGUGUCAGUAAUUAACCACAUAUUCCUCCACCAUCUAUACAACUUAGUACAGGAAAACAAAACGAUGACAAGGUAGCAAGGAAAGAAAUAAAUUUCACGUGGAAAAGUUCUGCUUCAGUAUGUCUGCAUGGAGAAUCAGAGUGCUGGCAGUUCUGUGCUUCCUGUGGCAGCCCAGAGGUCAUGGUCAACUUCCUCCUCCUCAAAAUGUUACAUUACUGUCAAAGGAUUUUGAUAUGAUUUUGACAUGGACUCCAGGAAAAGGAUAUCCACCAGAUGUGUCAUACACUGUGAGAUAUGAAAGCAAGACACGCAUGGACAAAUGGAUAAAGGUUCCUCAUUGCAGAAACAUUCACAGUAUCUCUUGCAACCUCACGUGUGUGAUUCCAAACUUCUUCAUUAAAUUCCGGGCUCAAGUAAAAGCUGCUUCUGGACGACUCCAUUCGCCAUGGGUAAAAUCACAGUUCAAGGAGUACCAUUUAGAUGUGGAACUGGCUCCCCCACUGCUAAACAUGAAUGUAAAGGAAGACGUAAUCCAUGUGAGUGCCACUUUUCCUAUGGCCAUCUGUGUGGAGAGUUUAUCUUGGAUGUAUGACUUGAACUUUUGGAAAGCUGGAUCUGAAGACAAGAAGCAAUACAAAAGUAUCUUUAGGAAAAAGGCAGUGACUAUCGACACCACUGCACUCAGAGGCAAUCACUGCUUGAAUGCCAGAUCUUCCAUUCAAAGCAUCGACUUCAAGCACAGCAAAUUCUCUCAGCCAGUGUGCAUGCUGUUAAACCAUAAAGGGGAAUGGAAGUUCCCUUUUUCUGCCACGAUCCCGGUCUGUGUCCUCCUCAUCCUUCUGACAAUUGCCUCCACCAUUUGGCUGCUGAAACAAAAUGCAAAGCAUAAGCAGAUGCCUCAAGCUUUGGACUUAUCUAAUUGUAAAAUUGCUGGACCAACCUUUUGCUGUGAGCGCAAAGAAAAUGAAUUCCUCACAGACUGUCUUAUCUGCACAGAUAGGCCAGUGUCACAAGGGAAGAAAAACAAAACUUUAGCACAAAACAACAAACUAUGGAUGGCUUCCUUCCUACCAUCAUCGUCAUCAUCAUCAUCAGAAGAGGAAGAGGAAGAAGACAGUAGUAGUUUCAUACCAUACACUGAAAUGCUUCAGUUUCCAAGGAGACACUUCAUCUGUCAAACAUCCAGAACAGCUGACGCAGAAACUAUCUUGGGCUCCACAUCUGGAGGUCUCUCUCUGGAUGGUGGAUCCGCAUUUGACUUAAGUGCCCUGGGUUUCUCUUUCUUUCCCACAAGAAAGAAUGAGGUGGACACCUCAGGAUCCCAAGGAAAUGAAAAGGCAUCACAUUCUCACAGUUCCUCUUUGGGAAGAAUAUCACUCACUGAUGUGAGAUUCCCAGCUCCCAGGGAACAUGGACAGCAUGAUACAGACAGCGAUGACUGCCUGGAAGUGAGCAUUCUUCACCCACUAGCAAACAAGAGUUGCACCAGGCUUCCAGCUGAUGAACACUGUCUAUAUAGGAAAGAUCAUGAUUUUACCAUAUAUUACCAGAAAUCAACACUUGAUCAGCCUGUCCAGGUCAGUGACAACUCACUGCUCAACGAGGAUCCCACCAUGGAGAAACUCAUUUACUUUCAGACAUUACAGGUGGCAGAAGAUGAAGGUAUUGCAAGUGACUGUGACAGUGAUAAUUGCACAGGAGGAACACCUCCUGCAUCCACGGUGCUAGGUGAUGCAUUUAGAACUUCAGAUAUGGAGAAAAGACAUGAUAAAAAGUUUAAAUUCGAAGACUAUCAGCACUCACAUUACAUGAGAAGGAGCUAGAGUAUACCUUGCAGUUCUGCAGCAUGCCUGGAAGAUGCUAGAGAGCUAUACAAAUCCAGGCAAUGAUACCUGGACAAGAACAAGGACAAAUAAUCGAUAGUGCUGUGGAUUGUUUGUGUUUGUUUUUUGAUGUCUUUGGUUUUGUGUUUUUUUUUUUUUUAAUUUAUUACAUACUUUUUAAUUUAUUAGAUAUUAGGUACUAGAUAAGAUCUUUUUUUUUCUACUGAUACUGUAUGGUGAUACUGAUGGUCAAAGAUAUGGCUUUGGGACACAAAAGAUAUAUUUUUACUGCUAGGUAAUGUACAUUAACUGUGCCCCUGUAGGAAUACAGCUGUGACAGACGUUAAAACUAUGACAUGGGACACCAUCUGAGCCCAGCAGGGGCGAGGCAUGCAGUGAUACCUCCUGUAGGUAUCACAUUGCAAACACAGUGCCUUGUGUUCUCUUGAGAUUUGCUAUCAACCUACAGAGAUCACCUUCUAUGUUUCAGUGGAGUGAACCAAAGUCACAGUGAGAAAUGUGUAGCAUGUUUAUUUAUUUAUUUUGCUUUUUAUACAAAUGUACUUACUGUUCUCCCCUGCUGUGCAGGAUGUCUGGGAGAUGCUAUAUGCAGAAGUAAUAUACGUUCAUAGAUAAAUCCGUGUGUGUGCUUUCAUAUUUCGCAGAUCUACAAAGAGUGGCUCAGCUAUUCUUGAAAAGCAAUUUAAAACAGAACUCUGUCAUAGGCUUUCCAUUUCUACUCUUUUUUUCCUGAGUGGGGUUGUAUGAGACUUCCCAGCCAGGUCACCAUUUGGGUCACUGAAAGAGAAGGAUUGCAGCUCUCUGAGCCAAGAAUCAAACCAGAAGUCCACCAAGAAAAGACACAGGAGAUACAGGGCCUCUCUUUGCUGGGCAAUGCUGACUUCUUCAGAUUAUUUUUAAUUUGUGCUCUUUGCAUCUCAUGGAAACAUAUUCUCCUAGGUUUCUCCCCCGCCAGUAGAAGGACAUGGAGGAAAGCAAUGUGUUUGAAGAAAGAGGGAGAAACAGAACUGUUUCAUGUGAGGGAGGGGGUAUCAAUGUUAACAUCUCUACAGAACCUGAAGAACAACAUCAGAAAGAGGUAGGGAGGGAUAUGAGGUGCUGGGGCUGCUUCAGAAGAGGAGAGCAAGACGUACUAAUUAAAAUCCCACCUUAAAAUUAAAGAAGGAGGUGGUUAAAAAUAUUACUGGAGUAGAAACCUCUAUUUCUUACCCAUCACCCCCAAAGUAUCCUUAGGUUCAUCCUGUAUUGAAAUCCCUCCUCAUAAUUUAGAAAGAUACAGAUCACCCAAAUAUAAUUACCAACCAAUUUCUUGUGCAAUCAAGAAAAUCCCCUAAGCCUUUAGUUACAGGAAGCUGAGAAGUUGAGUAACUUCUACAGAAUUACUUGGAUGUGUCAUAACUUUCCCAAAAGGGCCUGUGAUCAAUUCUCUGUCUUGUCCAGGUUCUCCCAGGAUGAGAGCUGGUGGGAAGGCUGCCAACCAGAUGAGCCUUACUGGUGGAGGCAACAUCCCACUCCUGGAUGUCCUUUGCCCAGGCUUGAGACCUUCUUUCCACUGGAAAAGGAUGAGGAACACCAGAGCACCUUGCUCCCUCUGUCAGUCUGUACCUUCUACCUUACCUAAUGGCUGUAGCUAUGCAAUGAUUAAAGAAGCUCUCCCCUUUCAUUGGAAGAGCUGUGAUCCAGUUCACUAACAAGCCUGGCUAUUGCUUAGCUGCUGAAGAAGCUUGGAGGAAUUUGAGCCUUACGCAGUGGCCUAGUUAGCCCUACACAUAGUCAAGAACUCAGGACAGGACUUUCUCAUUUUGUCAACAGUUAUGUCCAUGGGAUAAAGUAAUCCAGUGAAGUUACCCAGUCUGUGUUGAAUGAGUAGUUAGAUGAUAAAAAUUCAAAAGCAGUGCCUAAGAGAGCUUUCUAAGCUUCAAGUUAGGCUAUACGUGUGAAGCUUUCUCUACCAAUGAUAUCAUAGGAAAAAUAAGCAGCAUGCAAUAGUACCAGUUCUUCUGGUUUUACACACUUCUGCUGGUUCUAAAUCCACAGCUCCUGAAGACAGACUACUGGUUUUCACUAAAGAACAAAAUGUCUUCCCUUUUUCUGAAGAGAAGUUGAAAAUGUAACUGAACAACACCCUAAAAGCCUAAGAAAGGAAUGGAAAACUAUGAGCUAUGUCUGUUUCUUGCUUAAAUUUCAUAUAAUGUGUAGUUUUUUAUUGGAUGAUAUUGAUGAUAUCCAGUAUAGACCCUCAUAGUGUCAUCAGCCGCUAAAAUUAACUGUAGGUC